AAUUAGUUCUAUUUGUACUUGCUAGUUUGAAAGAUAGAGAUCCUGAAGUUCAAACUAUUUUUAUGACAGUUUUAACAUCUACACAUGUUAUAAUUCUUCACAAAGUUCCUGAAUUAAAUAAAUGUCCUUUGAAGGUUUCUUUAGUUGAAGUUUCUCAGGAGAUGCCAAACAAAGUUAAAGAUAAUAUUAUUGUUAAAAUGUCAAUAUCUGAUUACGUCAGUCAGGAGUGCCAUUUUAUUGUAAGAGUUGUUUUUCCACAUCACAACUCAAGUUUUUCACAUUUAAAAGAUACCAUUUGUCUCAAAGAAUCAUUAGCUUUUGUGGUUGGACAAAUGGAGAUUAUUGAUAAUAAGUUUUACAUGUAUUCUAAAGAUAUUAAUUAUAUCAAUACUCAUUUUAUUAAAAAAAAAAGUUACAAAAAUAAUUUGUCUCAAAGUUCUUUAGCAUCUCAAAAUAAUGUUCAGUCUAAACUUAUAAUCACUUAUCAAAAUAUUGCUGAAAAUUUGGAAAAUAAAUUAGGAUAUAAUAAUUUACUUUCAAUUAACUCGAGUGAUGUUGUUGAUAAACCUGAAUUGGAUUGUUCUUACCUAUUGGAAUAUGCGCGAGAUGACAUUUUUAAUAAGUUCAUCAAAAAUUUAGUUAAUACUAAGUAUGAAUUUCAAAAUAUGAAAAGUAAUAAUUUGAUUAAUUUCGAUUGUAAAAAUGAGAUUAGUAGAUCUGUAAAUAAAAGAAAGUUUUAUAUAAAAAAAAUCAAAGAACCUAUAGCACAAUCUUUACGUAAAGGCUUGAAGUCAUAUAAUACAAAUGCAAAUGCAGACAAU